AUGACCACUGUAGAGGCCACUCGUUGUGUUGGUAAGACAGGAGUCUCUGACAUCGCCGGAUGUGGCCUUCGCGAGCCGAAUGAUUGUGAUCAGGAGGUUUACGAGGAGAGUCGUGGGCGACAAGCAUUGCUUGCAGACUGGAUACGUGGGAAGAGGAGUCGCGUGGCAGGAAUUGUCUGCUCUGACAUUCCAAGUCGAAGGAAAAGAAGUAUGAUGCAGACGAGAAGUCCGGGCGGUCAACAGAAUGACGACCAUCACGGCAAGCUCGAGGCUCGCUGGAAUUUCCCCAAACGGCAGGUUCUGGAUCCUUCGUGUCGACUCGUGGCUUGUCCUGCACAAUUUCAAUGGCCGCGUGGUCACGGUCCCCAUCGUGGUAUAGUCGCUGAGAAGGACAGCUCGAGGAAGAGUUGGAAUUGCAGACGUGUCGUCCCAGCCAUAUCUCAGCUGAUUGUAGGGAUCUACAUUGGCUCGGCUCCCCGUAAAUGA